CUCUGUGCAGUAGCUAACUAACUAACGUUAGCUGUGAAUAAACUGCGCUAAAGUGGCCUGCUGAUCAUUGUUUAACCACUGAGCCAGAGUGCUUACUUCAGGAACAUUAAGAAGAAGAAGGUAGGAUGUCGAAUGAUCUUGUCGGUGUGUGGGAGGUGGCGCUGAGUGAUGGAGUCCACAGGAUAGAGUUUGAACAUGGCACGACCACCGGGAAGAGGGUCAUCUACGUUGAUGGAAAGGAGAUCCUGAGACGGGACUGGAUGUUCAAACUUGUGGGGAAGCAGACAUUCAAUGUGGGCAAAGCAGACACCAAAGCAUCCAUCAACAUUGAUGCAGUCAGUGGUUUUGCAUAUGAGUACACCUUGGAGAUCAAUGGGAAGAGCUUGAAGAAGUACAUGGAGAACAGGUCAAAAGUCACCAGCACCUGGGUUCUUAACUUGGACGGCACUGACUGCAGGGUGGUUCUGGAGAAAGACACCAUGGAUGUUUGGUGUAAUGGACAAAACAUUGAGACAGCAGGGGAGUUUGUGGAUGACGGCACAGAAACACAUUUCACGCUCGCAGACCACAACUGCUGCGUGAAGGCUGUGAGCAGCGGGAAGAGGCGAGACGGGAUCAUUCACACGCUGCUCGUGGACGGCACAGAGAUAGCUGAAUGCACAGAGUGACUCUGUGCGUGUGUGUGUGUGUUCACCUUUGUAUGAAAGCAGAGAUCUGGUUUGUAUGUGUGACUCUUGGUAUCUGUGAAACAGAGGAAGGGUGUAGAGGAGCCAUUUAAAGCUGUUGCAGUCAGGGACCAGGUGACAGAAAUAUGCGCUCCUGUGUUGGAGGGCCGUGCCCUGGAGGGUAGAUUAGCCAUAUAUCGGUCGUGUAAGGGUAGUUCUGUAAUUAAAGGGACCGUUCGGAUGUUUGGAAGUGGAGAUCUUUUGAGGCACUUAUCUAUAGUCAGUCACUUUGGUGAUUCCAAACUAACCAAAGUCACAGUAACACAAAGAAGUUCAUUAAUACAGAUAUAUGUAUUUAUUGAAUUUGUAUCACACACAUUUACAAAGCAUAAAUGACAGUUUGGAUUGUUUUGAAGUGGGGUUGUAUGUCAUUUAUCUAUAUCCAGUGUAUUACUACAGUAGAUGGGGCUCGGCAUGCUCCCUGUUUGGAGAAACAGACAGGAGUACCAGCAGGAAGCUAAGCAAUGUACAGCUGU